UACAAAAACAUGGCGGUGCUCAGGGCCCCGCCCUGAUCCCAACAUGCACCGGGGAGCAGGUCUAGUCUUCCGGGUGGUCAGGAAGAUGGCGGCCCCUGGGGCGGAGUCGCAGGUCCUCGUACAAUACUUGGUGUUACGAAAGGAUCUCUCGCAGGCGCCGCUGUCCUGGCCGGCGGGGGCGGUGGUAGCGCAAGCCUGCCACGCAGCCACCGCGGCCUUACACCUUCACCGCGACCACCCUCACACCGCGGCUUACCUCCAGGAGCUCGGGCGCAUGCGCAAGGUGGUCCUUGAGGCCCCAGAUGAGACCACCCUAAAGUUGUUGGCUGAGACUCUGCAACAGAAGAACAUUGACCACAUGCUGUGGCUGGAACAGCCAGAGAAUAUAGCCACUUGCAUUGCACUCAGGCCUUACCCCAAGGAAGAAGUGAGCCAGUAUUUGAAGAAGUUUCGAUUAUUCAAAUGACUGAUGUUUUAAUAUAUUUAAAUAUCGGCUGGAUCCUAAAACAACAUUUCACCCAGCCCUAAGUAUCACAUACUCCUUUCAGUGCCAGCUUGGUCUUCCCCAUCAGUUAUGUUGGUUUCUUGAGGGUGAAACACAUGUUCAUAUUUAAAAUUGUCAUUAAUAAGUAUUUCCUCUAGGGCCAGCUGUGUGGCUCAGUGGUAAUGCACUGCUUAAGUGGAGCUGGAUCCCAUAUGGCGAACACUGUUCAAAUCCCCAGCCUGGCUGGCCUGAAGCAUGCUGGGCAUGUAUGUGAGUGC